AUGUUAGCCGUACGGUUGGUUGUUGUGGCUUUUGCUUUGGCUGCUGCUGAGAAGAUGCAAGCGCCUUCCAGCUUCAUGCUGGUAAGUGGUGUCUCUUCACCGCGAGAGAUGUGUCUAGUCGGGAUGGGCCCAGCGGGUGCUUUAUUGGACGAGUGCACGGCUGCACUUGCAGAGCUGGACGGACGUGAGGUUUGGAGUCUCACAGGCAGUGGCUCCUUGACGAAUUUAGCUGCGAAAAAGUGUUUGGCCGCGCAGCCUGAUGCUGCUGCUGGGAGUGCUAUUGAGCUAGCGCCUUGCGAUGAAGCAGGGAAGAGUUCAACCUGGGAGUUGCAGGCCAACGGACAAAUAAAGCUUGGGGCCAGCAACAUGUGCCUGAGCCAAGCAGGGCCUUCGCCUGGCCGUGCAGAUCUUGCCUCUAGCUCCGCAGUUGUUGCUAGCUCCACAUUGGACCCUGCGCACGGAGCUGCCCUUGUUGUUGAUGGUCUCGCAUCAUCCUAUUGGGUAUCCAAGUUAGACGAAGCAGGCCCUGUGUCUUUGACGCUUGAAUUUGACAAAGCGCUCCCACUGGCCGGUGGCCCGGCCUAUGGCGUGAGGCUUGUGAUGAACAAAGCGCAUGCGACCCAAGCCGUGCUGGGAGGUCAUUCCAUCUUUGGGGUACGUUCCUUCAAGGUCCUUGCCCCACUGAUGCGCCCGGUUGUGGAGCCUUGCGUGGUGGCGGCCAAGAGCAGUGAUGCUCGAGACAAAUAUUUUGCCGUGGCCGUCGGCUCCUUUGAUCCUUCGUCUGGUGUGGCGCUGCGGUCGGAGCUUCCUGCUUUGGACUCUGCCGGCGCAGCAGUUGCCGCCGCAGUGACGGAGCUUGCGGAAGCAGUCCCAGAUGCGCGUGCAUGCAAGAAAGGCGCUGCCUUCAAGUCCAAGGCAGGACGCCGCCAGACAGUAUCAUCCACUCGCAAGAGUCUUGGAAGAGCAGAAAUUGGCGAGCAGGAAGCUUUGUUUGUCGAGGCCAAGAAAACCAUCAUCGCCGCUCGCAGCAUUUUGCAAUGA